CUCUAAGAGGAGACACAGGAGCACGACUGAGGCCGUUUAUGAGGAGAUUCAUCACAGACACAAUCACUUCACUCAGAGGGGGAGUCUCAUCUCUGAAGAACUGCAUUCUGGGUAUGAAGAUGCUGAUGAGCUUCUCUCAGAAAAAGAGUUCAAGACUGUAUAUUAUGAUGAUGUCACCAGUGAUCUGAAAGAAGAGAUGAUGAAGGAAAUCACACCGGGACACUAUGAUGAUGUCAUCACUGAUGGACUGAAACCAGAUCGUGAGACAGAAGACACACCUGAGAGCUAUGAUGAUGUCAUGACGAGUGGACAGAACUUUAAUAUUAAAAAAGUGGACACACCGGCGCAUUAUGAUGAUGUCAUCAUUAAUGGACAGAACAUUCCAGGUGUAACAGAGGGAGAUCAGGAGGAGUAUGAUGAUGUGAAGAACAGCAGUGAAGAUGAGAGAAACCUGUUGGACUAUGAUGAUGUGGGGGAGGAGUCAAAUAAAGAGCUUCGGUUCCUCAAUGAUUGGGGCACAGUGUGUGAUGCAUGCUGGGAUAUGAGAGCUGCUAGUGUCCUCUGUAGACAGCUGCAUUGUGGGAUUGCUGUGUCUGUUGUGGGAUCAGACUGGUUUGGAGAGGGAAGUGGUGAAAUCUGGGCUGAUGUGUUUGAUUGUGACGGGAAUGAAACAAAACUCUCAGAAUGUUCCAUCUCUUCAUGGAGUCGAGCUGAAUGUUCUCAUAGACGAGAUGUUGGAGUCAUCUGCUCUAAUUCCUCUCUGGCUGUUCAUGACGGUCUGGUGCGGUUGUCUGGUGAGCGACAGUGUGAGGGGGAGGUGGAAGUUUCCAUCCAUCAGGUCUGGAGGAGAGUUCUGCUGGACUCCUGGAGUCUCACUGAAUCCUCUGUGGUCUGCAGACAGCUGGGCUGUGGCUCUGUGCUGAACUUCUCCAGCUCCUCUUCAUCCAGUCCUGAACACAGUCAUGAGUGUGUGACGGGCUUCCAGUGCUCUGGGAGUGAAGCUCAUCUGGGGAACUGCAGCUCUCCACAAACUCUCAACUGCAGCUCCACACAACAGCUGUCAAUCACCUGCCUUGAUGCCCAUGUGGUGUGCAGACAGCUGCAGUGUGGAGUGGCCCUCAGUAACCAGCAGGUACCAGCCUGGUUUGGUCCUGGUUCUGGACCCAUAUGGCUGGAUGAGGUGGAGUGUGAGGGGAAUGAGACGUCCCUGUGGAGCUGCUCUUCUCCAGGCUGGGGAAAACAUGACUGUCAACACAAGGAGGAUGUAGGAGUCGUGUGUUCAGUGGAGGAAAAUCCUGAAUCUCCUCAGAGUCGUCUGACAUGUUCUACCUCACCAUCUCCUCACCAGAGACAGUGUUCAAUGGACACACCGGCGCAUUAUGAUGAUGUCAUCAUUAAUGGACAGAACAUUCCAGGUGUAACAGUCUGCAUCAAAUGA